AACCGAACCGCUCCCGACCAGCCGAGUGCCAGUCUGGUAUGUAAACAAGGUCAGACUGCAGCACAGACCACAGACUUCAGGCAAGAGAGAAGACUCGACUUUAAACGCAAGAAAAGAACCAAAAACCAGCCUGAAGAAACAUUUGGUUUGAGGACUUGUGCACCACUCUGACAAGAUGAUGCAGUGUUUCCACUUCAUGGUGGAGCCAGCCAAAAACUUCACGGCCAAGAUUAAGGAAUCAAACAAGAGGGCAAAGAGGGAAAAUAGGGAGCCUCUGGACGAAGAUCAGCUGUUUGUUGUGGAGCUGGCAAGAGACCUGAACCGGGUUUGCCAGAGAUCAGCGGUUCUGGAGCACAUCUGGAACCAAGAUGACACCUGGCCCACUCCUCUCUGCAGGCUCUUUGUCCUGCAGUGGGCAUCCAUGCUGGAGAACAAGAAGAGACUCGUGCAGACUGACGGCUGGCCAGAGACGGAUGAGGAGAAACAGCAUGAUCUGAUUACAGGACAGGACCUGCAGCAGGCCAAAACCACCAUCUUCAACUGGAUCAAAGAUCUGAGAGCUCAGCCUGAGCAAAGUGUGUGGCCCGGAGAACCACUGGCAAUGAUCCUGGAGGAUCUCCAGUCAGCCUGGCGCUGGGGUCGUGUACCCAAUCUCCUGACUGCUAUGGAGCUGGUGAUGUGGACUUUAGUGUCUCAGCGACCCGAUAAGGACAAAAUACCACAGCAGUGGCUUCUGUGGAAGCAGAGGACUCACAAGAUUGGUGCCAUAUCCUACAUUCCUCAGCCAGUCUGGGACUGGAUUGGAGAUGCUGCAGUGGAUGUGACCCUUGACCUGGAAACGGCCAACCCCGAUCUGCUCAUCUCUGCUGAUGAGAAGAAGAUGCGUUGUGGCUUUGAAAGGAAAGAAGUUCCUAACUACCACCAGCGCUUCGACGGCUGGUGGUGUGCAGUCGGAGUGAACGGCCUUGGCUCUGGCCGACAUUACUGGGAGGCGGAGGUGGGAGAGCGUGACUGGCGUUUGGGCGUAGCCAAAGAGUCGGCUCUGAGGAAGGGCUUCAAGUCCCUGAACACCGACACGGGCUACCUGACUCUGCGACUGGAGAGGGGCUCCGAGCUCAAGGCGCUGACGGUGCCCUUCACCUCCCUGCCGCCCGGCCUCAUCCCACGUAAGGUGGGCGUCUACCUUGACUACGACAACGGCCAGCUGUCCUUCUAUGACGUGGACAAGCACAUGCACAUUUACACCUACAAUGAGAGCUUCACUGAGAAGCUGUUCCCCUUGUUCGGUACAGUGGAGAUCAUGAAGGAUCUGGUGAUCAGGUCUCCAGCUGCAAAGACCUACUGUCUCUGCCCCACCUCUUGUCUGUGGGCUUAGGUGUCCCCCAUCAGUAGAUGUCAUGAUAGAGUUUUAACAAUCCAGAAUCACAGAAAUCCUGCUGUGAAAGCUUCACUAUGUGACCACUCUAUUCUGCUUCUGCUUUGCCAACAAUGCUGCUAAUACUUUACCUCUAUAGAGUUCUAGUGCUGCCCUUUGCUCACAUGUAUUUAUGAUAGCUGAGCAAAAGCCCCUUUGUGCAAUACUAAUAUGUCAAUGCACUUCUGUGGAUAAUAAAUAAACCAAAUCCAGACUGAA